AUGGCCACCAAACCCAUCAAUCGCGUUACCCUGUUCAAGAUCCCGAACAAAGGCGACAUUCCCGCCAUCCUGGACAAAUACACGACGCUGGCCGUCGAUGCAAAGAAGGACAAUAAGCCCUACAUCCUGUCUGCCAAGGCGUCGCAGGUCAUUGACGACCCCGCCGGCCGCAACCAGGGCUACACCGUCGCCGCCCAGACGUGCUUCGCCUCGCUCGACGACAUGAAGUUCUACGACGAAGAAUGCGAGGCGCACAAGGCCAUCAAGGUCUUCCUGAAGCCCAAGGCUGAGGGCGUCAUGACGGUCUAUUUCGAGGCCGACAGCACCUCGAACCUGUGA